GCAGAUUCGAUUACUUUUGACUUGUUUCUUUACCUAGGCAGGUUGAAAUAUUUCUUUGCUCCGGCAAGUUUUGCAAUUCGUAAUUCCAAAGCUAUUUCCAAGCGCACUUCGAGGGAGUUGUUCGUCGGUCGUAAGGCUGACAUGAUCUUCUCGCUUUUGCUACUACCAGGUGAUGAGAUCCAUAUCUACAGUGUAAUGGAGAAGGUAGGAGAAGGGGCCUUUGCCACCAUCUACCUGGUUGCAUGCCUGGAUGCACUGGACAUGACUGACCUGGAUUGUGAUUUCCGCAGAGUGGCCCUCAAGAUCCAACACCCUCCAUGCCCCAGGGAGAUCAAAGAGCUACAUGCUAGGCUUAGUAGACUACCCUCCCAGAUUGAUGUGCGUCAAUCCAUUAUGACUGCUGAAUGCGCACACAUCUACCAAGACAAGAGCUGCAUGGUGACUGAGUACAAAUCAAAAGGCAUCCUUCUAAACCUAUUCAACAAAGUCAAGGCUGUUAAUAAGAAAGAUCUAUCUCAUUCUGAGGACUGGGUGAUGUUCUUCGCUAUUAAGAUCCUGCAGGUUGUUGAGUACAUGCAUCGAUGUAAGAUCAUCCAUGGUGAUGUCAAGCCUGACAACUUCCUUAUCAACACAGAACAAUAACAGAGGAUCGUCAAUGCUAGCCAAAAUUUUUGGUCAACCACAUUCGGUAUGGCUGUACCAGAUCUCCCCUUCACGCCCAUCAGCCCAGCUAGCGCAUCAAUCUUCCUCUUCCCUACUGCAAAGUCAAACACAGCAUUAACACCCUCUCAGCGAAGCUGUACAAGUAAGAAGCCAGCUCGUUUUUCGCGGCGAGAGUGAUGAGGCCCAAAAGAAGAUGACAAUCAUGGCCAGUCCAAAAACAAUCUAUGCAGUCAGGAGAAAGACCAGGAAGGGUAUAUUCGGCUGCGGGAAAGUCAUCAACGUGGACUGUUCUAGUGAACAUGCAGUCUUGAUUUGUAAGACUAAACUGUCCAACACACUUCAAGGAAAUUAUGCAAGACAUGGGUGAGAGUGUGAGAAUUCAUCUGUAUGGGAUCCCUAUAGAGGAAAGCCUUUCAAAAUUAUGCCAGUUAUGUCGACCAGCAAGUACAUCCAUGUUGCCUCGCCCUGCCACAAUCGACCCUGUCACCUUUGUUCGGUCGGAAGGAAUCUGAGAAAGUAAUCUUUUUCAAGCAAAACUUUUAAAUUUGCCGCACAGUUGUGACGUAUACGCCUCUGUCUGUGUUGUGAGCAGCCUACGUCACAAAAAAUGUCGCGUAAUGCAUUGUGAGGAGAACCAGCUCGAUCAUUCACUUGUUUUUUGCUCAUUAAAGCCUUACUGCACUACUUGCAGCUACAUGCUCCUUCUAUAUAGAAAACUUCCCCAAUCGGUGCCUGUUGGUUCCCCAUGGUCCUAUAUUUCUUAUGUUAUUUGAGAGCUGAGUUGAUGUCACUAUGAACA